AUGGCAACGCGAGAUCUCACGCGACGAUUUGCCGAGUUGCGAGUGCUGCAGCAUGGGGUGGAAGGCUCGGCAUCGGAGAGCAAGCGGCCCGGAGAUGCUUUCAGCGAGAGCGGGCUGUUGGAUGACGCGAGCACGGGCACGAGCUGGGCUUCGACCCGCCAUCAGCUGCCGCCCCUCUGGGUGGAUAAGGUCGACGGCGUGGAGGAGGAUGUCCGCCUCAUUCAGCUCAAACUGAGGGAGCUUUCGGCUCUUCACACGAAGAGGCUGAUGGUGACGUUCGACGAGAGCGAGGCGGAGAGGGAGAGGGACGUAGAAGAUGCCACACGAGAGGUUACCGCGCUUUUCCGUCGGGCAGAGAGACAACUCAAGCACCUCAUGGGGGAAUCGGCGGGGCUAACGCCGGCGGAGGCGACGGUGCGUAACAACAUUCAGAGGGCCACGGCGCGGAAACUCCAAUCCCUCUCGGGAGGGUUCCGAACAAGCCAGAAGGACUACCUUCGACGGUUGCAGGCGCAAAAGAAGGGAGACGGGGCGUUUGACUUCUUGGCAGAGGAGGAGCGCGCCUCCAAGCACGCGAAGGGGCGGCUAGACCCCGGGUUCAACGAGCAGCAGAUGGCGGUGCUGGAAGACACGGAGGUGCUGGUGGGGCAACGAGACGGCGAGAUCAACAACAUUGUGAAAAGUAUUGAGGACCUAUCGACGAUCUUUAAGGAGCUGGCGGUGUUGGUUAUCGACCAGGGCACGAUCCUCGACCGGAUUGACUUCAACAUGGAACAGGUGGUGGAACACACUCGCGAGGGGGUCUCGCAGCUGCAAAGAGCCGAAGAACACCAGAAGUCGGCGCUACCGCUCAAGUGCAUCGGCAUUCUCGUUGUCCUCAUCAUCAUCAUGUUGGGUCUUCUCGUGUGGAAACACUCGAACUAGAGCGAGGCGUUAUUCUCCACCCCGGGGACGGUUACCUAGUGGCCUCGGGUUCGACUGCGAGUACACUGCGUACCAUUUUUUUCGGUGUUUUCGCCUUGCAACUGUAAUUCUUGGAGACGCUAGUGUGUCUGCCGUUUGUGUCAUGACUGUGUUCGGCGCUUUCUCUUGGGAAGACACAGCUGUGAAUGGCGGCAAGUGUUGUAGUAGAAACAUUUUUUUUCUGCUUGUUUGGUGUUCGCAAGGCCGAUGACCGACUGUGCUGAACGGCGGUCGAGAAACCGACGUUCGUAAACGAAGGGGGAUGACUUAUACAUGCGGCGGUCGUAGGGAAUAUGAUACUCCUUGUACGCAUUAUCUGUUGGCAUGUCUAUUCGCCCCCAGUGACGGAAGCUUGUUCUCAUGAGCUUGCGAUCGAUAUCCGUCAAACAACAGACCUGUUUUGUAUGUGUUCUACGAGGUCUGAUUCUCGUUACAGUAGGAAGGCGUGGAGCAUACCGCAUAUAGUGGUAAAGAGGAAGCUUAUGUGAUGAGAGAGCUAGUUGCUCUGUGUCAGGAGCUCGCCAUUUUGGCGUAGAUCCUUGUGAGACCUUUCUCAGUGGUACGUUAGUGUAGCGCUUUAGUCUAAUAGUUAGAGGCCUAGGUCUUGCAAGAACCGGUCUCGCCCAGGUGUAUUUGAGACCCUUCCCUGGAGGGCAUACCUUUUUUGCUGUGUUGCGGAUUUUGAAAGCGCAGCAGCGGAGACCGGGAUGGGUGCCGCAAAGAAUGCCAGAUGCUGUUGCUUCUGUAGGAGGAGACAUGUUUUGCUGU